AUGACCACCCCUAAGGAUCAACAACAUGUCCCACGACCGGCUCAGAUCCUGUUCGUCUGCCACCCCUUGACUGGCCACAUCACGCCGGCGCUGCGCGUGGCCUCGGAGCUGCAUCGGCGCGGGUGGCCUGUCUCGUUCCUUGGCCCCACCACUCACCAGCACCGCAUCUCCGCGUCUGGUGUCGACUUCAUCCCACUGCAGGACGAGGCUGAUAUUGACGACCUGCUCUACUACUCCCCUGACAACCCAAACCCACCAGUGCCUUGGUACCAUUGGAAGCUGUGGUAUGAGCGCGCCCUCGUCGACGUUGAGAAGCACUGCCUCGAACCCAUACCGGCGCAAUGGCGAUGUGUGAAGCAGGCACUGGCGAGCCUGCAGGAGCGCAGUCCUGAUAUCCCCACCGUCGUCAUAUCAGAAGCUUUCUUCCAUGGUAUCUUGCCCCUGUACUUUGGUGCGGCACUGCCAGACGGCGUCAAGCGUCCCAAGACACUGUGUCUCUCGGUCACGCCGCCAGCAAUCCGUAGCGUCGACCUGCCUCCCUUCGGGUACCCCCUCCCAUUCUCUCAGUCGUCCGAGGGCAGAGCUCGCAAUGCACAGGCCUGGGACAUCUUCGGAGAGGAGACCUCGUCCUUGAAGAAACUCUUUCACUCAAAGCUAGCUGAAGCAGGAGCAACACACUUCCCCUCCGGUCCGAUCCUGGACGGCACCAAUUACACAAGCCAUGAUGCGAUCCUACAAAUCGGCGUCCCUAGUUUUGAGUAUCCACGAAGCGAUUGGCCCCAGCAGUUCCAGUUCUUGGGCUUCCUUCCGCUGGGCGCUCCUCCACCCAACGGAUAUCCGAACCUGCCCAGCUGGUGGGACCAGUUGACCAGCACCAAGAAGAGGGUCGUCGUCGUGGCUCAGGGCACAGUCGAGACGGACCCUAACGAUCUGAUCAUCCCAACCAUCGAAGCUUUGCGUGAGCGAGAUGACGUGCAGGUGGUGGCCAUAAUGGGCCGUAAAGGGGCGACCUUACCGGACGGUUUUGCACAGUCUCGUAAUGCGCUCGUCACCGACUAUCUUCAUUACGACGCCGUGCUGCCUUAUGCGCAUGUCUGGGUGCACAACGGUGGCUAUGGGGCAAUUACCCACGGCAUUGCGCACGGAGUUCCAAUGGUGGUGGCUGGUGAGGGCCAGGACAAGCCAGAGAACGUGAAGAGGGUCCGUUUCUCAGGCAUCGGUGUUGGCCUUGGGACUCCGAGGCCUGGUAUCGAGAACCUGAAGAUCAGUUUAGAUGCUGUGCUGGGCGACGCGAGAUUCAAGACUAGAGUAGAUGUUCUUAGACAGGAGACGGAAGAUUUAGACUGCUUUGGGCGCGUCGAAGAUGCGCUUCUGAAGGUUGUUGCUAGAUAG